AUGGAGUACGAUUAUUACGAUGAUUACAACGACGAAGCGUAUGACGACUCGGAUUUGCCGGCACGCUCCUUCCAGCGGGAGUUGAGCUUCGAGGAAACGAUGACGAGCUGUGUACAACCAUCGCUUCAGUUUGCGGUAGAAUAUAUUUUCAAUUUUGUCGCUACAAAUCUGCUGUUCUGUGUGCUGGUGCGACUAGUGAACCGAAAGCUUCCGGCCCUGCGCUAUCUUCACCUGCUGAGCUGCUUCUUCGGUGCGACGCUUAUGUACCUCGUAGUGGACUAUGGAUACUUCCACUAUGCGCAACUGACAAUCUCCCUGUACCUUGUACAGUGGGCCAUGCAUCGUUGGUUGGCCGGUUGCACCCGGUUCCUCAGAGUACCAUUCGUAAUCACGGGCUAUGGCAUCGCGAACUUACUGUUGAGCGAACUGAUGGCACCAUCACCCGAAGCGUGGAAUCGGAUACGGGGCACACAAAUGAUUUUACUGAUGAAAGUACUCUCACUGUCCUUCGACACGGAUGAAAACAGUGCACUGCGUGCCCAGCUGAACGUGCUGUCCUACGCCGGCUACGUGCUCUGUCCGGCCAACAUUGUGCUCGGACCGUGGAUCUCGUUCAGCGACUAUCUCAGCAUCUGGAAGACGGUUCCUGCCGACACAAGAGCAGGUCGUUCGAAUAGCCGUCGGAUGUUGGUGCACCUCUUCAGAAUAGUGACCAGUCUGCUGAUGGCGAUAGGGUUUUUGCUAACUUCCAACUGUAUGAUAGAUUAUCUGCUGGCAUCCGCCGGCAACAGCUCGAAGUGGAUUCACGCGUACAGCAAAGCGUUUUCUUUUCGAACGAGCCACUAUUUCGUCGCGUAUCUGUCACAGUGCUCGAUGCUUGCCGGCGCCAUCGAAUGGAACAAACAGGAACAGGACGAUCGCUCGCUAGCGCUUCCGGCCAACUCGCUCUACAGGGUGACAUCCCCACUUGCAGUGGAAUUUCCACGAUCGCUAGUACAGGUCGUUACCGCCUGGAACAUACCGAUGCACCAUUGGCUGAAACGGUACAUCUUUCGUGCGACCAAACGUCCCUUCGGCACAGCAACGGCCAUCGCCGUAACGUACACGGUAUCGUCCCUGCUACACGGAUUGCACUACCGGCUGUGGAUGACAUUGCUGACGAUUGGCGCAUGGACGUACGUGGAGCACGAGCUGCGGAAAAAGAUUGGCAACAUCUAUUCGGCCUGUGUACUCGUCGGCAAGUGUCCGGAGCGCUGCACGGCGCAUUCACACAAAUCUGGCAGCCUGUUUUCCAUCGUCAUCAACACGCUGUUCUUCCUGUUGAAUGUCUUCAACCUCAUUUACCUAGGAUGCAUCUUUGAGGCAACGGAGCGGCCACUGGAAGAAAAUGCUCGCGAUCAGUCGCUUUUUGCCCCCUGGGCAGAGCUUAAUUUUGUGUCCCACUGGUUACUAGCAUUUGCCUAUCUGUUCUACCUGGUCAUCUGAUCCGAACCUUCCCAUCUACUGUCUAGAUGCAGCUAGUCAAUUUUCAUGGAAAUGGCAGUAUUUAGAAAAACUGUAAAGUAUUAACAUGGGCCAGCCAACAUUUUGUCAAUUAAGUGACACCAAUUAGCGACGGCGCACAACUUUGGUCCAAGAACAGAGUGAUGCGGAAGUUGAAUAUUUUUAAAGCUCUCUUGAU